GCCGAGGGAGUAAAUGCAAAACGGGCGAAAAAGAUGCACAAGAGCUGCAUCAGUUCUUGUCGGCAAGGAACAAAAAACAUUGUGUUCGUGAAUGGGAGCGGGUGAGCUCAGGCACAAGGCGAGUGCAAUGAGAAACCAGGCAGACUCCAGCCGCUGGUGUUGCUGAGCACCAAUCCUCUCUCGCUCUGUCUGUGUCUGUCUCUGCCAGCGAGGACUGAGCCCGGUGUGCGACGUGGAGACUCCUCUGGUUGCUGCUUUCAGGGCUGUUCCCCUCCCUCCUGCCUCUGGUUGUGUUUGGGCUAUGGUCCUGACUGAGAAGCAGAGCAUCACCCAGAUGCAGGGCUGCGGCUGUUUGGGAGGUUAAGCCUAUAAACACCAGCAUGGGAGCCAAACAGAUGAAAUGGAGACGCAAACACACUCAUUCCUGCCUGUGCCCACCAUCUGUUCCAGUCUCAGCUCAGCCAGCCCUGCUCACUCUCCCAAAGAGGAGUAUGUUAUCACCCAGUCCACUGACACCCCUAAAGAAGAGGCAGUCCAUGAUCAGUCUGAGGACCAGGGGGAACCUCGGGAUGACAAAUCUGAGCUGACAGAGAAGAAAUCUGUCACAGAGGAGGUGUCUCUGUGUGGAUUGUGUCCCUCCCUCGGGCACGAUGGGCAGGAGGAAGAGAAGUCGUGGGAGGAGCAGCUGGAUGCCCACCAGGAGCAGCUGGAGAAGGAGAUGCAGGAGGCCAGGAGGAUGGUGUUCCGCCUACAGGCUUUGCUGCUCCACGGCUCCCUCCCCGAGGAGGACCAGGACGGAUCUGUGAGCUUCGGAGAUAACCGGGCCAACGCUGAACAGCAGCUGGUCCUAAUCCGCAGUCGUCUGGACCAAAGCACAGAGGAAGCCCUUGAUCUCAAGAGGGAACUCAUGAGACACAAACAGGAGGCACGCCACCUUCAGGCCAUCAAGGAUGCUCUGCAGCAGCGACUGGCAGUGCAGGAGGACGCUGUGCUGCAGCUCAAGCAGGAGCUACUGAGGUGCAACAUGGCCAAAGAUCAGCUGGAAGGGGAAAAUGCAGAGCUUAAACACAAGUUGAGUGAACGGAGCAAAUUACUCGCUGAAUAUGAGCAGCAACUUGGGAGGAAGGACAGGAUACUGCAGCAGCAGCAGCAGAAGCUCGAUGAAGCUCAAUAUAAAGCACAUGAAGUCAGCCUCGGACGGCCAUUUCGGGGUGAAAGCGGUGGUUACAGUAACUCAGUGGCUUCGACAUCUCCUACAGCGUUCCAGCACAGCGCACCGGGGGAAGAGCUGCAGCUGGUCAGGGAGGCACUACGUAGUUUGAGGGACAGCUUUUCUGGCCACGACCCCCAACAUCACACCCUGGACACCCUGGAGCAGGGUGUGUCCAGUCUCAUGGACCGAUUACACUCUUUGGACACCCAGCGCAGACAGGACAGAGGGGAGGAAUUCAGAUCACCGGGACGCAGAGCAAACUCGACAGACCGUGACUCCUGGCCACCGAGCUCAAAAAUGGCCCACUCACACAGCAGCCCUGGAUUGGACACCGCCGUCUCCACUAAAGUGCUCUACUUCACCGAUCGCUCCCUCACUCCGUUUCUGAUUAACAUCCCAAAAAGGCUGGGUGAGGUGACACUGCGAGACUUCAAGGCUGCUGUGGACAGACAAGGCAGUUUCAGAUACCACUUCAAGGCCCUCGACCCAGAGUUCGGCACAGUGAAAGAGGAGGUGUUCCAGGACGGAGCAGUCGUGCCCGGCUGGGAAGGGAAGAUUGUUGCGUGGGUGGAGGAGGACCACGGAGAGAGGAGGUAGAGCUGAAAAACCAGAGAUCACCACUACAAACCUCAGUUGUUCCCACUGGACCAGGAUUCCACUGAAAAUACUUGUGAUGCCAUAAUAGAGAAAAGUUAUAAAUCGAUUAACUGGGACCAGCAGAUACAAUGCCAUUUCGAUAUAAACCAUGUUUUGAAAGCGAAUGUUUCAUACGGAGAACUUGAAUUGACAUUAGGGUACCAGCUUUUUUUUUUUUUUUCAAGGAAUUAAUAUUAGACACUGUUUGCAGCUGAUAAAUUAACAUACGGGACUACAGAUUAAAGGUCAGUAAUGUGAUACUUGAAACUGAACUGAAUUAUAAAAGAAAGUCAACGUGAUUUACAAUAACUAACAUGUUACAAGCUGUGCUCUGAAAAGCUGUACUCACUGCAUAAUAUGCAAACCUUAAAAGUGUUUACUGACAUUUUUCACAUGUUCCAGAUUGCCAAAUAGUGAUGUUGUUGUUCUGCAUCAAUUUUGAUGUUUUAAUAAACAUGAAUUAUUG